CAUGAAACGGCAGGAUGUCAUCUACGAGCUGAUGCAGACGGAGCUGCACCACGUGCGGACGCUGAAGAUCAUGGCCGGGCUGUUCCGCAGGGCGAUGCUGGAGGAGCUGCAGCUCGACCCGGGCACCGUGCAGAGGAUCUUCCCCUGCCUGGACGAGCUCAGCCUCCUCCACCAGCGCUUCCUGGGCCAGCUCCUGGAGCGGCGGCGGGAGUCCCUGGAGCGGGACAGCAACAAGAACUUCGUCAUCCACCGCCUGGGGGACAUCCUGGUCAGCCAGCCAGGUAUGGACAGGGAAUGGGAAUGA